CCAGUGGUGGCCACUGACCUCAAGCAUGGCGCCUGCUCGCUGGUCCCGGCUCAUGUGGCGGCCGCAUUCUGCAGCUACCGGGCGCCACCGUCUGAGCCCCAGGCAGGGGAUCUCCUCCCUUCCCCGCCUACGCUACAAUUCCUCGGGCCUAUGGUGCCUGGCUCCGGCGCUUCCCCGCCUUCUCCUCCUGAGGCUGUGGAUCGGGUUGCGCCCCUCCGAGAUCUGGCGCCUGAUCCCCUCAUGCUGGAGCUGGGGCUCGGGGGCGCUGCGCAUGCUGGGCCUGGCAACCCCGGUCGCCUUGGGGAGCUGGUCCCCGUCGGGGGCGCUGCGGUGGCCGCGCCACACUCUCCCCACCGCAGCCCUCGGAUCCUGCAGCUCUAUGAUGGCAGGCGUUCCCCCUCUCCUGGUCGCCGUCGCAAGGUGCCCAAGGUAGCCGCUGCGGCUGACCUGCUGAAGCUCCCCCUCUCCGACACCCCCACACCGCUUACCAGGGGUAAGCUCAAGCAGCUGGCAAGGUGCUGCGAUCUCAACGCUGACGCCAUUCUUGCCCACGCAUUAGCUCAAGCUUCUUCCUCCGGUGGUGUUGCUCGUCCCCCCCAGGCUGGUGGCUCCUCUACUUCCUCAGAUAGUGACUGCGCCAUUCUGGAUGUGUAGGCCUAGUUCUUCUGUAGUUUGGCUGCUGUGGUCGUGGCUGCCGUUCACCACCUUCCCACCAGCCCGUUUGCAUUGUUCCUGCAUUGUUCUAGUACCUGUAGCCUGUUCUAGGGUCUGUCUGUUCGAGGCCUCUUUUGAGCCUGUCAUGCACGCGUCUGUUGCAUUUCCUUCACAUGAGCAUUUCAAACAUGUGUCUCUCGCUUUUUAUGCUGGGCUGCUGCUGCAUCUUGUAAUCCAUGAAAGUUUUUGAUUGGAAUGUUCGUGGCCUCGGUGAUAAUGACAAGUGUUCUUUGGUCCGUGACACCCUAACUUCCUGUCGUCCUAGUAUAGUUUGCUUGCAGGAAACCAAGCUGGAAUCACUCUCGUGCAGAAAAUUGAAUGCCUUUUUACCCCUCAUCUGGAUUGCCAUGAAGAUUUCCCCUCUAAUGGUUCUUCCGGUGGUCUACUCGUGGCCUGGGAUUCUUCAGUUGUUGCUGGACAGAUCAUUGUGGUGCACAAGCAUUACAUCGCUAUCAGAAUGACAUCCACCUCAAGCAGCUCUGUUUUCUUACUCACAGCUAUCUAUGGUCCUUGCUUGGAUCGAGAGAAACUUCCUUUUCUUGAUGCUAUUGACUCGGCUGUUGGCAUGGUGUCAGAUCCCUGGAUCGUGGUUGGUGAUUUUAAUAUGUAUCAUUCUAAGCAUGAAAAAUUACGAGGUCGUAUUAACUGGGCUAUGAUGGACAUGUUCAAUGCCUGGAUCAGGGAUCAUGGUCUUGAUGAGAUAGAGAUCAGUAACAGACAAUUCACUUGGUCAAAUAAAAGGGAUAAUCCAACGCUGGUGCGUCUUGACAGAGUGCUUGUGAAUACUGACUGGUUGCUGGGGUUUGCUCAAACUUCCGCCUCCGCUGUUCCUACUGUCACCUCUGACCAUGUGCCUAUCCCGGUUCAGUUUAGCAAUCAAAUUACCAAGAGUAAUCCGUUCCGUAUGGAGAACCACUGGCUAGCUAUGGAGGACACACGCAGGAUCAUUUUGGAGGGCUGGACUCGAGGAACUAGACAGUUUCAGUCAUCUGCCUCACUUAUCAAUUUCAAAAUAAGGCACAUUCGUGCCGCCUUGAGACGCUGGAAGAAGCACAGGGCCAGUCUUGAAUUUCUUAUCCAUAAUAAUAAGCAUGUGGUUGAGUACCUCAAUGUGGUUGAAGAACGGCGGCUGCUAUCCACUCUGGAAAAGGUUCUAAGGCAAUUUGCUUCUACUAAAGUUGGACAGCUUGUUCUAUGGAAAACUGGGAUGUGGCGCAGAAGGGCCAAGUUGCGGUGGUGUGUUUCUGGGGAUGAGAGUAACAAAUUUUUUCACGCGGCAGCCAACGACCAUGCAAGGAGAAAUAAGAUCAGGGUUUUUGUGCAUGAAGGGGUUGAGUUCUUUAACAAUGCACAGAAAUUGCAGCUCGCCACUAAAUACUUCUCUGAGCUUCUUGGGGAGACCGCUCCCUCUCUGCCGACUGUGUAGCUAGGCAAUCUGUACCCCACUUUGGACCUCUCCUGCCUUGAAGCAGAAUUCACCUGGUCUGAGAUAGUAGCUGCCAUCAACCUCUCCCCAAGCAACCGAAGUCCCGACCCAGAUGGGUUCACUAAUGAGUUCUUCAAAACGUUUCACAGCACCAUCAGGCCUGAUCUUGAGCUCUUCUUCUCAGGCAUGUAUCAUAACCGUGUGGACUUGACAGGCAUCAACACGGCGUUCAUUUCUCUCCCGCCGAAAAAAGAUACACCACUGGAGCUACGGGACUUUAGGCCUAUUUCCAUUGUUCACGGCAUACCAAAGCUGGCCAGCAAGGUUCUUGCUCGCAGACUCCAGUGUCAGAUACCGGAUCUAAUUCACUCCUUUCAGUCAGGUUUUGCCAAAGGGAGGUCCAUUGUGGAAAACUUUGCCAUGGCCGCUGAUAUGGUUCAAUCUGCCCAUAAGAGAAAUCUCCCUAUGGUAGCACACAAGCUUGAUUUCCGCAAAGCCUUUGAUACGGCCAGCUGACAGUGCCUUCAUACUAUCAUGGAAGCCCGAGGUUUCCCUCAGAGAUGGAUCAGUUGGAUCUCUUCGCUUCUUUCAACAGCCAGUUCAAGAGUUAUGGUUAAUGAUGAGCUUGGUGAUCCUUUUACGGCUAAGAAAGGACUAAAGCAGGGCGAUUCCACAUCAUCAUACUUGUUCAUCCUGGUUGCAGAUGUGCUACAGAGGCUAUGUUGUGCACAGUUUGAGGCGGGUAAUUUGGUUCAUCCGCUUGGAUCAGAUCGUUUGUGUCCUGUUUUGCAAUACGCGGAUGACACACUUUUACUUUUCCAGGGCAACAUGCAGCAGGCCAGCCUCGUCAAGCAAAUUCUUACAGCUUUUUUUGAGUUCUCGGGUUUGCAAAUCAACUUUCACAAGAGCACCUUGGUCCCCAUAUGCUUGGACAGUACGAUUGCUAACCAGAUUGCUGCUCUCUUUGGUUGCCCCGUCUCUUUGUUUCCCUGCACAUACCUUGGCCUCCCUCUCUCUCUGCACAAGAUCAGACAUGGCACGCUUCUUCCAGUAAUUCACAAGGUUGAUAAGCGGCUGUCUGGCUGGUUGGCUGCCCUGCUGUCCCCUGUGGCCGUCUAACUUUGAUCAACUCAGUCCUCACCAGUAUCCCGAGCUACUUUAUGACAUGCUUUCUAUGGCCCAAGGAGUCCAUUGCUAAACUUGAGAGCCUGUUACGAGCAUUCUUUUGGCAGGGAAAGAAUCAUGUUAAAGGUGGUCACUGUCUCAUGGCAUGGGAACACGUCACCUUACCAAAGGAGUCCGGUGGACUUGGCGUGAGGGAUAUCUAUGCUCACAAGAAAGCCAUGAUGUGCAAAUUUGUUGCCAAGGUGCUGCAGUGGUCAGCUAUUCCUUGCUUCCAGUUGUUUGCGGCCCAAUACUGUCAAAGUCAGGAGUUACCUGGCGCCUAUUACAGGGAUACGCCAAUUUGGAAGGGGUUCAAACAGUUCAUCCCCCUAGUUAUGUCUGCCUCUAGCUGCUCCUUGGGUACUGGACGCCUUAUUUCCUUCUGGAAGGACAAGUGGUUGCCUGCUGGACGUUUGUGUCAUGAAUUCCCAGUUCUCUUCUCUUAUGCCAAGAGUCCGGGGUGCAGUGUUGCCUCACAGUUCUCUGACAGUGGUUGGCACUACAGCUGCACCCAGAUUUGUCACGAACGGCAGCUCGAGAAUUACAGACUCUCCAACCCCUUUUACUAGGUGUUCAACCCUCUUCCUCCGGUCAGGAUCACCGUAUCUCGUUUCUCCACAACAAAGAAGUGACUACUGCCUUCUUCUACCACCUCCUUACCUUCAGAGGUGUCAACAGCAUAUCCCAACAGUGGGUUUGGGAUCCUGUUAUCCCCUUGAAACACAGAAUCUUUCUUGGCUGGCUUUCUGGGAGCGUCUGAAUACCCGAGACAACAUGGUAAAGAAGCAGUGGUCUUAUAUUGCUACUCAUGCUUGUUGUGACAUAUGCCCGGCUCUCGAGUCCAUCAGUCAUCUAGUUUUGAGAUGCGUUUGUGCCCCUGCUAUCUGGAACAGGUUUGACCUGCUCGAUGCUGCUAACAACUCCAUGGAUUUAUUGGACUUUGUUCAACGUGCUCAUCUACGCUGGCCUACAUCUCCCAAACUGCAUAUUCUGAUUGCUGUUGCUUUUGUCACUCUUUGGCAUGCCAGAAAUGACCGGGUUUUCAAUCACAAGCGCUGGUCUCCGACUUAUACGAGAAUGUAUGCCGUUGAACUGUUAACUUUAUGGAGCCACCGUGCUCGGCGUCCUGGGGAUAGAGCAAUCAUCAUGGCUUGGUCGCAAACCCUUUUGGCAUAGUUUGGCAUAGUUUAGCUUGCUUAGCUCAUGCUCUGUUCUGUCCUUCCU